GACAAGUUGAAAGAACGUAGGAGAGGAAAGGGAAUACCGGCGUGCGGAACAGUAAAAUUUAAUUAUCAGUUAGCAAUAACAUGGGCUGGCGUCGAGUUACUCAUUCUCAGCCGGCGGUCGAGUAUACGCACUUGCAAUUCUAACCAUGGCAAUACGAGUAUUGUUCCUUAUAUAAAAGACGCCGCCCUCGUUAAAAUCCACUUCAGUCUCUGCGGGCGCGUUGCGAGACAUAAUAAGCUUACAAGUUAACGAAAUACUGUGUAAUGUGAAACGUUUUAUACAUAUAAACGACUAUCAAAUUUUUAUACGGACUCUCCAUUUGACUUGAUUCGGCCAUAAGGUUCUACAAAAUGAUAGUGACCAAUAUAAUAGCCGUUAUUUUCCUCGUCAUAAUUGAAACAACGUUUGUGAUAAGUGCAGACAAACAACGUUUGGAAUUAAAACAGAAAGUAAUUCGGCAUAAAAUCCAGGAAACAAAUCCGUCCGAUGUCCUUGGUACUCUUUCAGACUUCGGCGUUGUACGAAGAUCUUUAAGUCCAGUGAUGAUCAAAAAAUACAGUAUUUAUUUCCCAAAAGAUAAACCAUACCUUUCGAAAAAUGACGUUAAAUUGAGGAACGUGAUAGAGAAAUUAAAAACAUCGGUGAUACUCCGAGACAACAUACUGUACAUUUUCUCAUACUUAUUACACGGUCUUGAAUCUGGACUCACGGAAGAGCAAUAUUCAUCUCUACAGAUUCUUCAUGAGUUUCUCAAAAAGAAGAAGAUUUAUGUAUACAAUUUAUUACCAAUUCUAUCUACAUUAAACACUGCGGACAAGAAUCGACAGACAAUUAUGAUACUAUUAUUGCUGAUAGAAAAUCUACCAACCUAUAUUCAAUGCACAGCUAGAUUCUUGGCUAAUGAGAUAGAACAAGAAAGAUUAAAUUUAAACAAAUUACUCAGUAAAACAACAUCCGAAACGUUUAAUUACCUUGUCAACAUCGAUUUGGGCAUCUUGAAAAAUAAGAUAAAAAUCGACGACGACGAGAUGAAAGGAUACGAUAAAUACUCGAAUAUUACUCAGAAAGCUCUCGGUCCAGUAUUUGUGAAGCUUCUCUACAAUUUACACACGCACAAGCUACCUUUGUCGCAAGAACUAUUCGGCUUGAUAUUGGUAAACUUGCCAAAUCCUAACGAUGAUCCUGUACUGGAAGAAAACAUUAGAUAUAUCUACGAUUUAACCAAAAGUAAUGCCAUUGAUCAUAGAAACUGGGAUUUGAUUGGAAAAAAUCCCGAUAGCAGUGAUGCUUACACACUUGUAUUUUCCGUCUUAUCAAAAAUCCUCAUCUCGGACGUAAAUAUAGUCGUGAAAAAUGCUGCGGUUUACGUUUAUCAUCAUUUAAAAGUUGUGAUGACUCCGACCUAUGACAAUCCGAACAUGAUGUAUCUGCGUCAUCUGGUCAAACAUGAUAUAGAUAUCGGAAUGCUACUCUCGGCGAUCGUUCCUCACGAAUUCGGUCCGGAUGCGAUCAGCUUGAAAAACAGUCUGGUAAUGUAUUUUCAGUAUAGAAUAUACAGGUAUAAAGAUAUGAGUGAAAUUUUCAACGGAUUCAACAAAUUUGCCUACCGCGAUCCUUUAGAUCUUCUCAUCGCAUAUCUAACGAGACUUGUGAAUCAUAUUCCAAGCCAUCCAAGUAUUAAUCUGCAAAUGAUACAAGAAUCAGCUGCGGCUCUGCUAUCAAUCUUGAUUAUAAAAAAGUCUACCAGAACAUUUACGCCGUUUGUAUCACCCGAGAUUGAUAUAUUGAUACUCAUAGAAUCUCUGAAGAUCCCUGACGUAGAUCCGACGUUUCAACCGACAUUAGAUUCCAUAAAAUCUGAAUUAAUCGCACAGCCGCAAUUAUCUGUGCUUGUGAGUACCUUAUUGCCGACGAAGAAAUACAACUGUCUUAUACCAAUACAAUGUUUGAUGUCUAUGUUUCAAAAGAUACAUAAAUUACGAAAUAAUCUACCUAUAUCACUACUAACAAAUAUUCAAAAUAUAUUAUAUAUUUUGAAGACUAGAUUAACCCAUCAAUUCCAACGUUAUUUUAAACCGCAAUUUUCAUUUUAUCUUCCAGCCGGUGAGACAGAUAUUAUGAGAAAUUAUGAGAAUAUUCCUUAUUUCAAUGUGAGCAAUUAUGAAAUUAGAGAGACAGAGAAUAGGCAAAAAGUACCAAAUAGCUUAUAUGAAAGCUUAUAUGGAUGGAACUUAAAUAAUUAUUAUAAUAUGACACCUUUUUUGCCGGCUGGAUUAGGAAAUACAAGAGAACAGACUACGGAAAAAAAUAAACAGAUGGAAAAUAUUAUACAUCUCAAACCUACAAAAACGAAAGUGGAAUCGCCUACUACUGCGCAAGCCACCGAACAUUUAAAACCAAGUAAACCUUCUCAAGAAAAUUUAUCGGAUCAGCUUUCAAUUUCUUCAUUAGCGACAACAUCGAUAUAUUAUGAUUCUGAGAUUACUGAUAAUAAACCAUCACAAAAGCCAGAAAAAAAGCAGUCUCGCCAAUUAAUAUCAGUUACACCGAAUAUUAUUGAAGACCAGUUCGAUGUUGGCUCUUCAAAUACAAAAGAGGAAGAAAUCUCACCCCAAACAAGUACAAGUGAGAAGAGUGAAAGUCAAACAUAUCCAAUAUAUCCAAUCAAAGAGACAGAUAAAGAUAUCACAACUAAGGAACCUAUACGAUUAGUGACAACAAUACGUAAAAUCAAAACGACGAGUUUUCCUCAAAAAAUGUCGAAUAUCGAAAAACUAACUACUACUACUACGACGAUAUUACCAAAUAUAGAAUUGAAUGUUACUGAAAAACCAAAGUCCAAUGCUGGCAUUUCACAUACAAAAGAGGAAGAAAUUUUAUCCCAACCGAAUACAAGCGAAGAGAAUGAAAGUCAAACGUACUCACCCGAGGAUGUGAAAAAAGAUGUCACGACGAAAAAACCUACGCAACCAACGACGACAAUACGUAAAACUACGAAAGGAGAAACGAGCAUUCCAGAGAAAACGACAAAUGACGUUCCUGAAAAUGUAACUGCAAUAAUAUUACCACCAAGUAUAGAAGCUAAUGAGCCUCUUAAAAUACAAUUAUCCGAAAGUGGCGUUCCAGUUGUAAUGCCUGACGAUCGUAAUAAGACAGUGCCCGGACUUGUUAUACCGCAAAUCACGGAACUUCUGAAACCUGUGAACUUAAACGAUUUCUUUUCAAACGAUGACACACCGAUAGUGACACAAAUUUUACAACCAUUAUCCUUUAUAUUUGGCAAAAAUUAUAUUAAGAAGAUCUUACAAGAUGAGGAUAUAAAUGUUUAUUCCACGAACAUUGCAUUAUUAUUAGCAUUACUUAAAAAAGCCACGACCUAUCAACAAGUAACAACGAAUACGAAUUUGAUGAAUUUAAUUCAGAAAUAUAUCUUCACUAUAGAAUAUGUCAGUCCAACAAUAUUGUUACCCAUCGUAGUUUCGUCGAAGAACCUAGUAUCCAAAGUCGUUUAUUCCACGUUUAGUGUACAAAAUUUGACCCACAGUGCAAUCAGCGAAAAACCACCCGUUAAAGCUUUGCCCGACACUGUUACCAUACCACUCGUCAAUCCUAAAAUAUGGUUGCAGUCUAUAAAUCCAUCUGAUCCUUACGCCGAUCUUCUACCUACUUUGGAAGAGGAAAAUGCUUUCGCAAAAAUAAUACAGCCUCUUAAAAAUAUUUUGACAUCUAAAAAAGUCGUGGAAAUACUUGGACCAGAUUUCCAGCCGCUGGUGUAUCCGAAUAAAGGCACACUUUUGAUAGCGCUUCUACGAAAACUGCGAAAAACUAAAACGAUUCAAUCGGACUCUGAGCUAAAAUCCUUGAUUAACAUGUAUAUUAAUGCUAUAGAAAUACCGUCGAUAAAUAUCCAAGUGUCCGAAGAUAAUCUCGUGAAAAUGAUGUCUGAAACUACAGGUCAAUGGCAGCCUGAAUUAACAAGUUUAAUUGUUGCUCUGCCAACGGCUAAGAAUAUCAUAGAAUCUGCUAUGUUACAUCAGAUAGAAAAAUUGCUUGUCGAUCCAACUGUUCUGGAAAAAUUGCACAUAACUAAACCUCCAUCAACUAUGUCUCGCGGAGAACUUCUGCAUAAAAUUAUUCUGAGUGCAUUGUCCCGUAAAACAAAUUUGAAAAAACAAGUUCUGAAAGCAUUCAAAUAUUAUAAAGACAAGGUCGAAUUUACUGAUAUGGGUGCCUUGCCCAUCAUGUGGAUGUGGGUCGAAACGUACGUAGUUAAGACCGAAAUAAAUCUGGGCAGUAUGAUUCAGCAGACAGUGAACUUUAAUAAAUUGACGUAUAAAGAAAAAAUAGCCUAUAACGAUCUAAUCACAUACUUGGCUCAAAAUCCAAAUCUUCUUCAGGAUAAUGAAGAUUUUGAUUUCCAGAAAUAUAAGACACAAGGACAAUUUAUUAAGGGUCUAUUUAAACAUUUAUUGAGAAAGCGGCAGAUUAACAAUAAGAUUAAAAAGAACAUUCAAAAGUUAUUUUCACGCGUGAUUUUAACUGGACCAGGAGCGAUCGUGAUACCAAGUUUUUCGGGAUUUUAAUAUAUUAUUAAAUAAUAUAUUUUACUAUUGUAAAUUGAAGAGUAUUAAUUAGACAGAUCUGAUUUUAAUUUAGAAGAAACAAAAAAUUUCACACUCAAGUACAUCCGAAGUUGAAUAUGUUAUUUAAUAAAAAAUUAGCUUAAAAUAUUCACACAUUAUUUGUAACGCUAAUCAAUUUGCUAUAUUAUUAUCAUCUUAUGGAAUCUUUAAUAAUUGCAAAUAUAAGAAUGCGAUUAUAAUUUAAGGCUGGGAGACAUGUACAUGUAUAAGCCUGUUUAGCACAAUUUGUAAAAUAAAGAAAAAUAUAGAAAUAGAAAAAUGUACUGGGAACUCUUUAUUCAUUAAGUUGAAAAAGUUCUUAUAGUAGCUUCAUAAUAGAUAGUUUCCAGUUAAGUCCUUUCAUUGACGAAAACGACGAGAAGUUCUCUGCGAAGUUCAAGACCGAUAGUUUUCCAGUAAGUGACAAUUAUUUGUAACUUCUUGUUACAUUGCAACCACAGUGGAACACUCGAAAGUUUAUACACUUUGGGAAGACGUUUAUAAAGUGUUCCAAAUCGAACCUCUACUUCCCUUUCAAUCCUUGAAGAUAUAUAAGUGCACGUAUAAAAUAGUUUCUUACAAUUUAUGAACUUUAAAUUAUGAAUGUAACGAUUUAUAUCAUCAUUACAAUUAUAUUUAAUAGCUAUCAUAACUUUAUAAUAAUAUACAUAUUCAGUUUUAUUUUAUUUCUAAAAAUACUAAUAAUAAUAAGUUCAUAAACUUAUUAUGCACUGUUAAAAUUACGAAAUAUAGACGGCAAAUAGGUAAUUAAAUAUACUUGAUAGAAUUCCGUCUAUAUCAAUAUUGAAACUCUCUGGAGAUUAUUCAUGGUAAAUCCUGAUAUGUCGCAAAUACUUGCAACAAGUUUGUUCCAAUUAUAUGCGGCAUCGCUAUGUCUUCAUAAAUGCGUUCUAAGAAUUCUCUCUUCAUAAAUUUGUCAUAACAAUUUGGCAACUAAAAUUAAUUCCGGAAGACAAAGCGAUAGACAAAAUUUCACGUCCAUUUGCAUAUAUUGGUUAAGUGUCCCAUUCAAGAACUUUGAACCACCGUCUUAAAACCUUAACUAAUGUAAAGCAUUUUAUCUCAACGAUAUGUUUAAAAAGUCACGUCACAUUUAUUAGUUUAUAAGUAAUUAUAGAAAUAAUAGAAAUAAUUGAUACAUAUAUAUAUAGGUACAUCUUUAAAAGAUAUCUGAUUUGCUUCAUAGUUCCUGAUUUUUGCAAGUAUCAUUGAUAUUAUUACUAUUAUUAUGGUGUUUUAAUGAAAUGAAUGAGUACCGCGUUAUGCAUUCCAAUCAAAGAUGGACAGAA